AUGUCGAUGGAUUUGCCCGAUGAUGAUUUUGGUCUCGUGAAUGCUGGUAUGAAGCAGAUGAAAUCUUCGAUACGACCAGAUUCUAUUGUGCCAUCGGCUGGUCGGGAAGGUACAUCAAUUGCACCGCAAAUUUACAAGGGUCGUACUAUGGCGGUUUUCACCAGUGGUGGUGAUGCUUCUGGAAUGAACAGUGCUGUACGCUCAGUAGUUCGAAUGGGUGUUUACCUUGGAUGUCGAGUUUUUCUCAUUUAUGAAGGAUAUCAAGGAAUGGUGGAUGGUGGUGAUAAUAUAAAGGAAGCAGAUUGGCAGUCAGUGUCGGAUAUCAUACAACGUGGAGGCAAGUUAAUUUUAAAAAAUAUUAAUGGCACUGUUAUUGGAUCAGCACGUUGCAAGGAUUUUCGGGAGCGAUGGGGACGUUUGCAAGCUGCUGAAAAUCUUAUUAAACGUCGUAUCACUAACCUUGUAUGUAUUGGAGGUGAUGGCUCAUUAACCGGCGCUAAUCUUUUCCGACAAGAAUGGCAUGAUUUGGUGAAAGAGCUUUUGUCAGAUGGAAAAAUAACAAAAGAAGAAGCGAUAGAGUGCAGUAACAUCCAGAUUGUUGGACUUGUUGGUUCCAUUGACAAUGAUUUCUGCGGCACAGAUAUGACUAUUGGUACUGAUACUGCACUGCAACGUAUCUGCGAGGCAAUCGAUUGCGUAAUGUCAACAGCUCAAAGUCAUCAACGUACAUUCGUUAUUGAGGUGAUGGGGCGUCAUUGUGGUUACUUGGCGCUGGUUGCUGCAUUGGCUUCUGAAGCAGAUUUCUGUUUCAUACCGGAAUGGCCAGUACCAACGGAUUGGCCAGCAGUAUUAUGCCGAAAAUUGCAAAUGAUGCGUGAAGCGGGGUCACGUUUAAAUAUUGUAAUUGUUGCGGAAGGCGCAUUGGAUAGGGAAGGAAAAUGUAUUACUGCUGAAUCGGUUCGUGCGGUAGUCAAAGAAACUUUGCAUUACGAUACACGUGUGACCGUCUUGGGUCAUGUACAACGUGGUGGUAAUCCAUCAGCGUUUGACCGAUUGCUUGGAUGUCGUAUGGGUGCAGAAGCGGUACUUGCUUUGAUGGAAAUGACACCGCAGUCGGAGCCUUGUGUUGUUUCGAUUGAUGGUAAUGUGAUUGUACGCGUUCCACUCAUGCAAUGUGUUCAACGUACACUAGCGGUAAAAAAGGCAAUGGACAAACGUGACUGGGAAACAGCUGUGAAAUUAAGAGGUCGAAGUUUCCAGCGAAAUCUUGAAACUUACCGUUUGCUUACAAAAGUGGAGCCGAAAAAAGUUGAUCAAAAUGUACCUAAUUACAACGUUGCUGUAAUUAAUGUUGGUGCACCUGCUGGUGGGAUGAAUGCAGUAGUGCGUUCGUAUGUUCGUAUGGCUCUUUAUCAUGGAUGCAAUGUUUAUGGCAUAAAGAAUUCGUUUGAAGGGCUUUGCCGGGGAGAGGUGCAGAGCAUGGCUUGGGGUGAUGUCAGUAACUGGGUAAUGUACGGUGGCUCAUUUCUUGGAACACAAAAGCAGUUACCCGACAAGAUUAUGGAUAAAGUUGCUGAUGCGUUUGAAAAGUACAAUUUUCAUGGAUUAUUACUUGUGGGGGGAUUCGAGGCAUUCCAUUCCUGUUUACUUCUUUCACGUGCGCGUGAUAAACAUCCAUCACUACGAAUACCUAUGUGUGUUAUCCCAUGCACAAUUAGCAAUAAUGUUCCGGGAACGUCACUUUCACUUGGUUCAGAUACAGCUGUUAACGAAAUUUGCGAAAUGAUUGAUAAAAUCAAGCUAUCAGCUACUGGUACUAAGAAACGAGUCUUUAUUGUCGAAACAAUGGGUGGAUAUUGUGGUUAUUUGGCAACCAUUUCGGCUUUGGCGUCUGGAGCCGAUAAUGCUUAUAUCUUCGAAGAACGAUUUAAUGUCUCUGAUAUUAUGGAUGAUGUAAAGGUUAUCAGUCGUAAAAUGCGUACUGGUGUGCAGCGUUACUUAAUUGUACGUAACGAAUGCGCUAACAAAAAUUAUACUACAGAGUUUGUGAAUCAGUUGUUUGCUGAAGAAGGAAAUGGGGCGUUUUCUACAAGAACUAAUGUAUUAGGACAUGCUCAACAAGGUGGUAACCCAACACCAUUCGAUCGUAAUAUGGGAACAAAACUAGCAGCCCGUGCUUUAGAGUUCAUUAUGUCGCAAAUACUGAAAUAUAUUGAUCCGAAAACCAGUAUUGUAAAUGCGAUUUCUCCGGAUAGUGCCACACUGUUAGGACUGAUGGGUCGUCGAACGGUAUUCACACCAGUGGAAGAUUUAUCAUUGGAAACUGAUUUCGAACAUCGUGUACCGAAACAUCAGUGGUGGAUGAAAAUGAGACCGCUGUUAAGAAUAUUGGCUAAGCACGAUUCUACAUACCGGACGGAAGCUAUGGUGGUACCGGAGGUGGAGGGUGAAAGCACAUGA